CGCUACAGAGUCUGAAGUUCACACGGCACGACCCCACUCCCUUUCUGUCAUUAAAUAGGCAUUUAUAGAAUUAAUCAAUCGGCAAGCACCAUAUACUGUAUUAUUUCCUUCUUCAGCUUAGCUCAACCACUUCCACUUCAACAAUCAACAUGGCUUCAUCACUCGCAACCAUACUCGUCGCCUUGCCCCAAACCCCGCAAUGCCGUAGCACCUUCCGAUCCGAUCCACCCAAACUAUCCCUAACCCUAAAACCCAAGGCCACUGUUACAUGUAAGGCCACCCUGUCCACUACCCUGGAGACUAGCAUCCAGCAGCAGCAGCAGCAAGAUGACCAAAAACAAAAGCCCGUGGCCGAGGUGUGGCGCAAGAUCCACGGGGAGGACAACUGGGCCGGGCUUCUGGACCCGAUGGACCCGGUUAUGCGAGGCGAGCUGACCCGCUACGGCGAGAUGGCCCAGGCCUGCUACGACGCAUUCGACUUCGACCCGUACUCCAAAUACUGCGGCAGCUGCAGGUUCCCCUUGCCCGAAUUCUUCGACUCCCUGGGCAUGACCAACGUGGGCUACACCAUGACGCGGUACCUCUACGCCACCGCCAACAUCAACCUCCCGAACUUCUUCCGCAAGUCACGCUGGCCUCACAAGAUGUGGAGCAAGCACGCCAACUGGGCGGGCUUCAUCGCCGUCUCCGACGAUGAAACCAGCAAGCGCCUCGGCCGCAGAGACAUCGUUAUCUCGUGGCGAGGCACCGUCACCCACGUGGAGUGGGUGGCGGAUUUGCUGAAUUUCCUGAAACCGAUCUCCCCUGACAUUCCCUGUUCAGACAGGAAAGUCAAGGUAGAGGCCGGUUUCUUGGAUCUGUACACGGACAGGGAGCCAGGGUGCGGGUACUGUAAGUACUCUGCGAGGGAACAGGUUUUGGGAGAGGUGAAGCGGUUGAUGGAGAAGUAUGCGGACGAGGAGGUUAGUGUUACGAUAGCCGGACAUAGCCUUGGGAGUGCGAUGGCGAUAUUGAGUGCCUUUGAUAUUGUUGAAACUGGGGUGAAUGUGGGGAAGGAUGGGAGAAAAGCGCAUGUUUCGGUGUUUUCGUUUUCGGGGCCGAGGGUGGGGAAUGUUAGGUUUAAGGAGAGGUUGGAGGGGGAGCUUGGGAUUAAGGUGCUGAGGGUGCAUAAUGCUCAUGACAUGGUGCCACAGUCGCCGGGGUUGAUUUUCAACGAGGAUUCGCCGCAGUGGUUGCUGAAGCUGGUGGAGGGGUGGUUUCCGUGGUGUUACUUGCACGUUGGAGAGGAGUUGCAGUUGGACCAUAAGAAAUCCCCGUUUCUCAACCCUGACGGGGAUGCUUCCUGCGCCCAUAACUUGGAGGCUCACUUGCACUUGCUAGAUGGAUACCAUGGGAAGAAUCGUGGAUUUGAGCGAACAAGUGAGAGGGACCUUGCUCUGGUGAACAAGGACUGUGACUUCUUGAAAGAUGAGCAUUCGGUGCCACCACGGUGGAGGCAAGACUUGAACAAAAACAUGGUCAGGACUGAAGAUGGACGCUGGGUGCUCGCUGAUCGUCCACUAGCUCAAGAUCCACAUGAAGAUAUUGAUCAUCAUCUCGGAGAGCUAGGCCUCGCUUCUUCUCAUACUCACACUCAUAAUUGAAUGGAUUCAUUGCAUCUUUUGGAGACUAUCUUGGAGUAUUUUUGCACGAGCACCACGCUUAUAAAAACAAAAUCAAUUUAAAAGUUGGAAUGGUAUUCAAAUAACUCAACUUAUAAAUAUUGUUAUGGACUUUAUUGUUAAAAAAUAUAAUAUAGUUAUUAAGAUAAAUAUGCCAACAGAUGUAAACAUUAGAGUUAUUGGUUUAUCUAUAUAAAGAUAAGUUUAGCGACGUUUUU